CCGCGUGGUUUUUAUGCUUUUGAUGCCCGAGGGACCUCGCGUUUGACAUUCCUGGCAUUCCGACCGCAGUCCCUCCUCAGUUACUUAUUAUCACCGCCUGCUUUCCCCGUAGUCACUUUAAAGCAAAAGAGCAGCGCGGCGGGCAACCACAUGAGACACCGUUGAUUGUGGAAACAGUGGGAAUAACUGGAAUUUAUUUACCUUCAGGAGCGUUUGGCUGCGAUGCGCGCGUAAGCGGGUUUAAAGCAGUUCUUAUUUAUUUUCACACUAAAGAGAAGAAAAUCUGCUGAUCCCCUAAAAAAACGUGCUAACACAGUAGUAUGUCAUCCACUGAAGAACCGUCCGGGACUGUUCUACACCGACUGAUCCAAGAGCAGCUUCGUUAUGGGAACCCCACAGACACCCGCACCUUAUUGGCCAUCCAGCAGCAGGCCCUGCGUGGAGGUAGCAGUGGGAGCAAUAGUGGACCCAGCAGUGGUGGCGACAUGAGCCGGACCCCUCGAUCCUCUCUAGAGAGUCUCAGCCAGGAGGACUCGCUGCUCCCUCAGCUCUCUGCCAGACAGGAGCCUCAAGGCCAGGAGUAUCAAGGAGACUACCAUCACUCAGAGAGUGACUACCAACUGCAUGGGGAGAAGCUGCCAACAUAUGAGCAGGCCAAAGCUCACUCUCAGUACCUGGCCUCUCACUGGGACCCCAUGGGGCCAAUGCAGCAGCUCAAUGAGGGGCACCUCCUGUUGCAUGACGGAGUCUUUCACGAAGAAUCAAAUGUGCUGGAGCGGAAUUGCAGCCAUGUCCGGUCACUAAGUGAGCAUCGAAUGCAGUUAUCUCUAGAGAGAAGAGAUGCAGAGACUGUUAAAAGCAUCUCUCACAGCUACCCCGAACUUCCCUAUUACCCAACACAGUGCUUCCAGAGCACAGCACCAAGCCAGGACAAACGCAACCCACCCCCAGAGUACACCGCCCCCAUCCACGGCCAAGGAUUUAUCCCUCAUCAGGUCCAGGAACCAGUGCAGGCUCAGCAGCACAGAUAUGUGCAGUCUGGUCAGUCAACUGAAGUCCCCUGCUACACUUUCAAUAGCCUGCCCCCUGCUGGGUUGGAAGAACCAAAUCAAGUAGAAUUGCUGCUGAUGGAAAAUGAGAGGCUCAGGCAGGAGCUGGAAUCUCACAGGGAGAAAACAGGCCGCAUUCAAAAGUUGGAGCAGGAGAUCCAGCGUAUUUCAGAGGCCUACGAGACACUGAUGCAGGGCAGCAAAAAGAGAGAGAACUUGGAGCAGACGCUCAGGAGGAGGCUGGUGGCUGAGAUCAGGCGGCUGCAAGAUUUCAACAGAGAUCUCAGAGAAAACCUUGAAAAUGCCAGAACACAUGUUGCAAAAGAAGUAGAGGCCGCCGACCAUAACCAGCACAUCAUGGCGAAACUUCUUGAACAAAAUGAAGAGCAGAACUUUGAGCGGGAGCGUGUGGAGCGAGAAGUGCAGCGUUUGCAAACAAAUGUGGAAGAGCAGAACGUUAGGGCGAAGCGGCUCGAGGAAGCGCUGGAGGCAGCUCGAGCACGAGGUCGCCAGCUCGAAGAAGAGCUGAGGAGGAAGAGGGCGUAUGUUGAAAAGGUGGAGAGACUUCAGAGUGCUCUGGCGCAGCUGCAGGCCACAUGUGAGAAGAGGGAGAGCCUGGAGAUGAAGCUUCGGACGAGGCUGGAGCAGGAGCUGAGGAGUCUGAGAGCACAGCAGAGGCAGUCUCAGCCUCCUGGAGUCACAAUGAGCUCUCUCCAAGAGCGCCUGCGUGAGCGAGAGGAGAGAAUCCUGGCUCUGGAAGCAGACAUGGUGCGCUGGGAGCAGAAAUAUCUGGAAGAAAGCACAAUGAGGCAGUUUGCCAUGGAGGUGGCUGCCACUGCUGCUGCUCAGAGAGACACCACUAUCAUCAACCACUCACCCUGUCACUCCUCCAACAACAGCUUCAAUGAGGACCUCCCUGAUCACAGGAAUCAGGAGAUGGAGAACAGGAUCAGAGCUCUUUAUGCACAGAUUCUAGAAAAAGAUGCUGUGAUAAAGAUCCUUAACCAGCGGCUGCACCAGGAUCAAAGUCAGAAGGAGGAGCAGAGUCCCCAAACAAACAGAUACAACUCAACAGAGCCAGUUCCUCCACCUGCCUCCUCCACUCUUUCCAUCAAUACCAUGUGCACCACAAGUACAGAUGAACGUCUCAAAGACGAUCCGACAUUACCAGACCGUCAGUCUGAACCUUCAAAGUUGGGACGGCAGCUGGAAGUAUCUAAAUCCAGAGAGGCUCCCCGCAUGACUAAGCUUAACAGUGACAAGGCGGCCUCUAAGAAGUUACCAUUGAACCCCUUCAGAGGACUGGACGAGCUGGAUGCAGAAGAAAUCUUCAUAUAAGGAACUGCAAUGUUGAUUUUGAAUGAGGGAAGAGACAAAAAAGCAAUGAAUGCUGAGUAUCUGUGAAGGGAGCGAGCGUUGUGAAAAACUGCUGGAUUCAAGAAUGUAAAGGAAAGAGGCCAACGGAGGAAAAAAAAGACUGUUUUGACAUUUGAGGGACAGAGCUGUGCUCUAACCCUUUUUCUCACAGCAAGCUGGACAGCUGCAGGCAGUUUGACUAGCAGAGUGAGAAAAGUUGAAUCUUCUGAGGUACUCGGACAGUAUUGUGGAUUGUAAUAUGGCAACAUGUUCUCAGAGAGUGUAUGCCAAAGUAUUUAUAUAAAUCUCUCUCUAUAUAUAAAUAUAUAUAAUUGCUGCUUUCCCCUUUUAUUAUCCUUUUUAAUUAUUUUCCUUGUGAGUUAAGAAGCUACAUAUUUAUCUAAUCAGGUUUCCACAUACCCCAAAUAUUAACUUAAGCUCUGUGCUCUUCUAGACAAAUAUUCAUUUGGAGGUAUCUAUGUGACCUGCGUUCCCCUCCUUUCUACAAUAUGUGGAGUUAAUCUUGAGUAAUCCCAUUACUAUUACAUAGAUUCAAUCUUUUUGGAAGAAUCCCAUUAGUUUGAUUAAUUAAAAUUGAUAAGAUGUAAAGCUUAGUCUGUUCACAUUUCUUCGACCUCGGCUGCUGGUUCUUCUGAGGUUUGAGGCAUGUGAACGGUGAACGUUUUAAUAUAUAAAAAGACUGAUAUUUUGUUUGAUGAAAACCAACACAGACCUGAUGUGUGUUUGCAGUUUCGGGAUGUUUGUCACAUCUUUGUGUUGAGUUCCUGUGUCUCAUUGUGAUGCUGUCCCUUUCUUCCUCUUAAAAGUAUGUAUGUGUUGAGUAGUUGUGAGCCUGUUCUCUGAUGUAGUGAUUCUGCUGGUUUGGUCACUACUGAUGGGGAUUUUUUUGUUUACUGUGAGCUUUGAACUAACAAACAGUUUAAUAAAUAUUAUAUAUUUUAUAC